AUGAUUUCAACGCCCAGGUUAGGCGCAAAACAGAUAAAAUAAAUUGUUUAUCACAUGUUUAUGGUUACCUGUAAGAAGGAAGAAAGACUGGUGUAGUUUAGUUUAAACAUAAGAUGUCUCGCAGUUUGCAAAACUACAGCAAGUUUAGCGCUAAUUUAGUUGAAGUUAAAAGCAAAUUUGAGGCAGAUUUCAGGAGAUUUUCUUUGAACUCAAGACAGCUGACCAAGUAUGAGGAUUUCUGCAGAUUAAUAGAAGAGUUUCACAAGCUGACUAAUUUACCAUUCACCAUCUGCUACACAGAUCCUGUGCAUGGUGAUCUUUUACCUAUCAACAAUGAUGAUAAUUUUGUUCGAGCUGUCACCAGUGCAAGGCCUCUUCUGCGAGUUAUCAUUCAGCGAAAAGGAGAUACCUUGGAACGUUUGAAUGGUUAUGGUAUGUCUAACAAGAAGAAGAACUUCCUUAGUCAGUAUUUACUUCCCUCUACACCUAGGUCUCGCUCCCAAAUAUCCAUCAGUCUUCCAGAGGACUUUCGCCAAGUUUCUUCUAUUAUUGAUGUUGAUGUAGUGCCUGAAACCUGUCGUAGAGUUCGGCUGGUUAAACAUGGUUCUGACAGACCUUUAGGAUUCUACAUUCGUGAUGGAACUAGUGUGCAUGUUACUUCUUAUGGCCUAGAAAAAGUCCCAGGGAUUUUCAUCUCCCGUUUGGUUCCUGGUGGUCUGGCAGAAAGUACAGGGCUUUUAGCUGUGAAUGAUGAAGUGUUGGAAGUGAAUGGAAUUGAAGUGGCAGGAAAAACUUUAGAUCAAGUUACAGAUAUGAUGGUAGCUAACUCUUCCAAUCUAAUAAUUACCAUCAGACCCACCAGUCAAACUGGUAAUCCCAUCUCUUCACGUAGUGCUUUUGAUCGAUUAUCUCAUCAAUCACAGGGCUCUCAACCCUCCAACAACUACCAAAUAAGUGAUGAUGAGCAAGGUGAAGAAGAUGAGAUUAGAGAUCAUACAGGUUGCAAGUUCCCUGAAGAAAUGAUUAAUAAUAAAAACAUGAGUGAUGACACCAUCAUAACUUUGUAGAGUUAAAAAGACUAAAAAAACAGAAUUACAAGAAGUAUGACCAAAACAGUGUACAGUGUUCCAUGCAUUCAGACUUUUUACUUGUGUGAUAAGCCAUACUGUUUGUAUACAAUUUAUCGUGUAAGUCUUGUUAGACAAGAUCCAUUAGGUAAUUUGUAUAAAUUUUUAAAAUUGAACUAUUUGGGUAUGUUCUUUGUUUUUGUUUUCUUUUAAUAGUAGCUUUCAUGUGUAUUUUAAGUUUUCUUGAUUCAUCAAUAUAUAACUAUGUUUUCAUUUCAAGGAUGUACAUAAAAUUGGUUGACACAGAUUUAUAUACUAAAUAAUAUUCCUAAGAAAAACAUCGUGGGAUUUAAAGAAUAAAUUUUGUUUUAAGAUUUUUUAACAAAGUAGUGUUUAAUUUUUACAUUGUGUUUUAACUUGACUUACAGUAUAGUCUGGUGUUUUUUGACAUUCAGUGAAUUUGCCACUGUUAGUUUACCAGGGCUUUGUUUUUCUUGUGGUUUUCAUUCCUUAACAACUAAUUUUCCCGAAAAAAAUAAUAAUGUAAAACUUUUUUGACUGACUCUUUAAAAGAACUACUCUUAAUAAAAUCCCAAAAUAAUCAGCUGAAACAAGGUAGCUUAAUGGUGAUGUUAACCGACAAUAUUAAACAUGAUAAUACAGUUUAGAGAAGAAUACAGUGGUCAUUUGACAUGAGUUACUUAUUUGUAUGCUGCAUAAGUGUAAGAUGGUAUCAGAAUGUUACAUUCCAAAGGAAAUUAACUUUGCUUGAUGAAUUUCAUCUUUUCAGUUGGCUUUCCCAAUCAAGAAUGCAUGGUCCAUCCAUAUUCUUUUAGUUAUGACCAGUGAAAGUGAGCAUAUUGCAUGGAUUAAAUGAAAAAACAACUCUUGAAGAAAUGCAACUUUUUAUGGGGGAAUGUAAUUUUCCUGACAGUUUCCUUUGAGUGAAUGUUAUUUUAUUUCAUUAUUUCUAUCCCUGGUAAGCACAAGAGUGCAUUUUUUUUUAUGGUGACAUAUAAAAAAUAGCAGCUUUUUUGAUACUUUUAAUUCUCUUUCUUAUCUACUUAUCCAGUUUUAUUAGAUUUAAGAAUGUGUACAAAAACCACAAUAGCAAAGAUCUAGUUGUAAAAAUGUUUUUACACUUCCAUGUGGUAAACUGAAACAGUUGUUAAUUUAUAUAUGUUCUACCCAUAACCUUACAUGCAUGUAACACUGAACAUACAGUAAGUUAUGUUUACUUUGCAACUCAUAAUUUCUAUAGUUAUAUAUCUUCAGUGAGAUAAUUUACAAUCUACUUGGUAGUGUACAAGAUAUUUUAAUCAGGUUUUAAUUCAGUUGUGUUGUUAUGUAGCUUUAUCUGGCUUAUUUGAAGAUUUAUUUACAUUUGUAAUAGAAUAUUUACAUGAAAUUGAAAAAAAAACUAACUAGAAAUUAUGAGUUUUUCAGAAUGCUUUGAUUUAUAAAUUUAUUACAUUGUUUUCAUUUGUCUAAAGUAAAAGUCCAAUGUUACAAGUAUGAGCAAUAAAACUCAGUCAUAGCAAUAUUAAUGUUGUAUGUAUGUCAAGUAAUUUUGGUAUGGUAGUUGUAAAUUUGUUUUAUCAUUCAGUAUUUUCAACAUAAAAGUACAUUUUUUAAGUGUUUAAUUGCUUGUAUUUUUGGAUAGUUGUAUAAGAAUCUGAUGUAUAGUAUGUUGUUUGGCAAAUAUUGGUUAUUUUAGUGGUAGGUAGUUUUGGUGACUGAUCACUGAACAUCUUUAACAUUAACUAAUUAAUGUAUACUUUUAUAGCAAAUGCACUUUAGUAAUGUUUACUAUCUUAGUUGAGUUGGUACAGUGUUGUGAAUAUGAAUAUGUAUUUUUGAACAGAAUAUUUAUCAUUGCAGUUGAGGUAAUCGAAUAUCUGGAAUUUAGUGAACCAGUAAAUUAUGGCAUAGUUUUAAAGUGAUUUCCAGUCAUAUAGUUUACAAAACACAUAUUCAUUGAAAUUUAUAUGAACUUUUGUCAUGAAUGUUUGCAUUGCUUUUAUUUUGCUUCCUAAUAGUGUGUGUGUUAUGAAUAUGAGAACUGCUUUGUUUCCUAAUGCAUUGUGUUACCAGUGAAUGACCUGUUUUAUAAUUUCAACGUUAGGUAAGAUGGUAUAUUGUUUUACCCCUGAAACUGUUUUCAAAAGGUAGUCACUUGUGAAAUUAAUAAUCACUGGCCAUCUGUGUAUGUGUGUCAUCCACUUGGUCUUUCACUUUGACCUAUCAUUGGUUUUCUGCCCUGCACACUAUAAUUUAUCUUGAUUUGAGACUUUCUUCAUCUACACAAUUACUAGUUCAGUAUAGUAUUUCUGAUACAGAAAUCAUAAGACAGUUUUCGUAAAUAUAAAUGUUUUCAUGCGUGAAGGUAAUAAAAUAUUUGAGUGUAUACAAAAUAUUUUCAUUAAUACUUUAGUAAACAGUGAGAGUAUUUACAUACUAAAAAUUCAAACAUUCUAUUGUAUAGAUUUCAAUAUUACUAUUGCUUACAUAUUCUACAGCUAUGAGUACAUGUUUGUGUUAAGGUAUAAUAGCUAAAAGUAAUGUUAAUUUAUUGGAAUAUUCACUGUUUUUAUACAGAAUGCAGCAAUAAAACAAUAGUUACAUGAGAGUACUAAUAGUUAACGUUUCUAUCAACCUAUUUUUUUAAUAUUGUUAUUUUUUUUGUGUGAAAUGAGUUGGUAGUGUUGUGUGAAUCAUCAUAUUAGUUGUUAUCUGUUUACCAAAGUUUCAUUUUUAUACCAAUUUUUAAUAAAUACAUGUUU